AUCGGCGGGGCCGUUGCUGGGCGGUGCGGGUGACAUUGGGCACGGCCAUGGUGGUGGUGGCGCUGGGCCGGACUGCGGGGCGGCUGCUGCGGGCCGGGGCCGCCGUGCCCGGGCGGCGGCGCGCGGGCGGCGGGGUGCACAUCCCGCCGCGGUACCGGCAGUUCCCGGAGCUGACGCGGGCGCAGGUGAUUCGAGGCGAGGCGCUCAGCGGCUUCAUGUGGUUCUGGAUCCUCUGGCAAUUCUGGCACAACUCGGACAUGGUGCUGGGACACUUCCCGUAUCCCGACCCUUCGGCCUGGACGGACGAGGAGCUCGGCAUCCCUCCUGACGAUGAGGAAUAGCAGCACCCCGGUACGGCUCCCGCCGCCCCUCCUCACACGGCCCUGAGCGCGGCCCCGGGCACCGUGCCCGGCUGGUCUCGCUGCAGGCGCCCCGCUCCCCAGCAGGUGUGUGUGCACUGCCCACGGGAAACCUGCCCGACCUCUGCGGUACAGGAAACAGGGUCCGCACUGCUCACUGCCUUCACACACGCCUCUCGGGUGCCCGAGACCACGUAGCCCUGUUUUGGCAAUAUAAGCCUGCACUGUAACAACCGAGUUUGUUAUGAGUUGCAGCUUACCGGGUACCAGUGCUAAGUUAUUUUCUUCAUGCUGUUCUGUAGACCCAACAUUAUCUAACUUCAAAGACAGGCUCUGCUUCUAGAGAGAUCUGUCCGCAUGUUCCCUUAAACGUUUGCAGCUUUUGUUUGUUUCCAGUUCUUUAAUUACCGAGUCUCUUUUAAGCUGGUGUGUCACACAUCACAGCUCUAAACCAAAAGCUUCAGCUACUUCUGGGGGCAGUAUGGAGGAGGUCCUUUUUCUGCUCUGCAUGGUGGAAAAAGGAUGAGCGAAAAGGUUCUCAGGUUUUUCUUCUGUUACUUUCAGGUUCCUGGAACUGA